UAUCCGGACGACAACACCCUUGAUGCUCUUCAUAAUUCCCGUGUCCUGCUGUGAACCCUCUGUCAAAAACCGCGCGACUUUCGCCACUAAAGAUGAAAGGUCAUUCGACGAGGAUAGUGGAAUGCCAAGAGGUGUAAGACUUCCUCACCGGGAUUACUGGUUUCUGACGCUUGUUGUCAACGGAGUCGGGAUAAUGUCGCGGAUGGGACAGAUCGUUGCCAGAUUGUCUAUUAAAGGUGAGUGAUUGCAGAUAUAAAGUAUGGGCCUCCCUUCAAUCGUGGCAUUCCCCUUGCACGGAGACCUCGCACCUCACAUCAACGCGCAAAAUGCCUUCUCAUAACCACAAGGGCCAAAAUGGCAGCACACAAGUCGCAUCGAAGGACAUGCCCUCGCUCCCCGAGAACUUCUUUCCAGUCUUCAUCAAAAACCAGUUCCGCACCACGAUCCCACUGCCCACCAAGGACAAGUACCCCAGCGUCAAAGGCCAAUGCGCCAUAAUCACUGGAUCAAACACUGGCCUAGGCUACGAGGCAUCGCGACAACUCCUGUCUCUGGGACUCUCGCACCUAGUCAUGGGCGUGCGAUCUCUAGCCAAGGGCAACGCAGCAGCCAGUAAGAUUCGUGCCGCGAACCCCUCGGCCAAAAUCGAUGUCUGGGCUCUAGACAUGGAGUCCUACGACUCAAUCCAAGCUUUCGUUCGCAAGUGCAACGACGACCUCCCACGCAUCGAUAUGGUCAUUCUGAACGCGGGCAUGGGAGCAAUGAAAUUCAAUGCCGUCCCUGCUACGGGCCAUGAGAUGACUGUACAGGUCAACCACAUCAGCACGUCACUUCUGACCAUUCUCCUGCUCCCUGUGCUCACGAAGAAGAGCAAAUCAAACAGCGCCGCACGUCCUCCGGUCCUGACGGUAGUCAACUCGGCCACCGCACAUUUGUGCAAGUUGCCGAACAAAGACUCACGGCCCUUGCUGGCCUCGUUCGACGAUCCGUCCAAUUUCGAUGCGAACGAACGAUACGGUGCGUCGAAGCUGCUGUGUCAGUUGUUCAUUGUCAAGCUUGCAGAUCUGGUGGACCCCAACAACGUCAUCAUCAACAUGGUCGAUCCGGGCUUGACCAAGGGCACUGAGCUGGCGCGGGAGGUCCCAGGGUUUGUUGCCCCAAUACUGAAGCUAGGUAUGGCCAUUGUCGGCAGACGCCUCGACAGGGCUGCGGCGACGUAUAUUGAUGCUGUGCUGGGCCAUGGCAUGGAAACUCAUGGGUGUUUUCUUAUGAAUGAAGAGAUCGUGGGGUGAGUCCAAACCCCUCAAUCAACAUUAGCCCCCUUUCACCCCCUGAGCGGAAUACUGAUGUUUGCUUAGGCUCUCAAAGUGGUACCAUACCGACGGAGAGGCCUUGACGGCAGCGAUCUGGAAUGAGACGAUGCAGGAACUCAGGUUUGCUGGCGUCGAGGAGAUUGUUGCUUCAAUGCAUUCGUGAAGGAAGAUGUCAUGUUCCUUACACGCCGGAAUGAUACAACGGCGCUUUCUGCGUACCUGGUGACUCGACGUUCGGCCAAGUAGCAAUGUUAUCUCUUUGCUGUUCGCUUUACCAUGUGACGCGUCAACCAGGUUCAU